AAGUCGUCAGUCGUCAGUUCAGUCGCCGUAUUGACUAGUGUAGUGCGAUCCACCAUAGCUGUCAGUUGACGGUUUUUUUGUGGAUAGUCGAGAGGACGAGAGGCCAGUGCGGUUUGAUGCGGUUGGUGCCCGUGCGAGCUCAAGAGUGUUUCCGCUACGUUUUCGUGGGUCUCGUGCGAAAAGAAUAAAGGGAGAGAGAGAAAACUCGGAGAAGAAGUGAGAAACAAGCGGUGCGACAGUUAAUCGGAAAAUACAGUCGAGUCAUCGCGACGUUUUUCCCGCCGGAUUUUCGUGAGCACAAGCAGGCGCCAACGAUUUGAGCAGGCAGUUUUAUAUUUAGCAAUUCGGUCGUUCGGAUGUGUCGCUAGUGUAUAUAUCACGCACGUGCAAAUACCGACUCCUCCCCGCCGUACAUACAUACGUGCAUACGUGCGUGCGUAUGUGCGUGUAUGCGUGUAUGCGUGUGUGCUUACUAUCGUUCAGUACUUGGGACUGAAAAAUUAGGAUAUAGACAAGAAGCGUGCAUAAUAUCCGCGGAAAGCAGACUAAAGUGUGUGAGUGGUGGUGAAUAUACGGGAGAAGAGAGGAAGAAAUAUUGUACGGCAAGACGUAGCCGAGGAAGAGGAGAGAAAGAUGAGCAAGACGUGCGCUCGCUGUGAGAAGACGGUCUAUCCGAUCGAGGAGCUCAAAUGCCUCGACAAGAUAUGGCACAAGCAAUGUUUCAAGUGCCAGGGCUGCGGUAUGACCCUGAAUAUGCGGACGUACAAAGGUUUCAACAAACAGCCAUAUUGCGAAGCACACAUACCAAAAGCCAAAGCCACCACGAUGGCGGAGACACCGGAACUGAAGCGUAUCGCGGAGAACACGAAGAUACAGAGUAAUGUGAAAUACCAUGCCGAAUUUGAGAAGGCGAAGGGGAAAUUUACGCAGGUAGCGGACGAUCCAGAGACUCUCAGAAUCAAGCAAAACAGUAAGAUAAUCUCGAAUGUCGCUUAUCACGGCGAGCUCGAGAAGAAGGCGAUCAUGGAGCAAAAGAGGACAAUGACGGGAGAAAAUGGCGAACAAAUAGAAUAUGUAGAGUACACAGACGGUACGAUCGCCCCUGCAUCGAGUUUAAACGCCAAUCCGCCGCCUCCAAGAACGGCGAAUUCGCCGGUACAGAGGACACCAGGUAGGAUCGCUGAUUACGAUCCCCUUAGCGAAGCGAGGCCAAGUCCUUAUUCCGCAAGGCAAGCUGCUACUACUGUCAUUUACACGAGUGAUAAGGGACCAGUGACGAAUCCGCCGACACGAAAAAUCGGCUCGGUUGCUGACAUCGAUCCAGUAAACGAAUAUUACGGAUCGUUAACGCCAGCCACAACAAUAAACAAUAAUCAGCAUCAACUUCAGCAUCAACCGCCGCCACCGCCCUCUAACGUUGGGAGAGUAUACAGAGCGAUGUAUGACUACGAGGCUCAAGACCUUGAUGAAGUGAGUUUCUGCGACGGCGAUUUGAUCGUCAAUUGCACAGCCGUCGACGAGGGUUGGAUGACCGGAUUGGUGCAGCGUACGGGGCGACACGGCAUGCUACCUGCUAAUUAUGUCGAACCGGCGCAGAUUUAAAUAUUUGUUUUUCAUAUCGAGCUUCUAUUCGCUAACUAACUAUUAUCGUUAUUUAGAUCGCAGCGCGCUUAAUCGGUGCGUUUUGAUGAAAGAAGAGAGAGUAAAAAAAAAUGCGCGAUACAAUACUCGAAGCAAUGCUUCUAUCCAGUUUUUGUUAUUCGUAAGAUUAUUCAUUUCAUCGAAACGUCAUUUUAGGAAACGAGAUACCGAAAUGUUUCAUGGAGAAACUUUAGUUUUUUUAUUCUAAUAUAUAAAUUUUUCAAUCAUUCUUAUCUUGACAUCAUAUCGAUGUCUAUUUGGAUAAAGUUGAGUUUCUCUAAAAUACACCGAUAGAAGAGAGACAAAUAGAUUUGUGAAUUAUAAAUUUUGAAGUCAGUUUUAUAAAUGCUCUAAAACGCGUUUUUCAUGAGUAUUCCAAUUUGACGCUAGUAGUCUUCAGCAACCGACUUCCAAAUGACAAUAUACAUGUAUAGUUGUUACAUGUUAUAGAAUUCCAUAAUGGGACCAAACUCUAUAUAACUGCGAUAAAUUAUGUCAAUUAAAAUUAGAAUUUCGACAGUUCGUGGAGUGAUAUAUGUAUAGUGCUAAUUAGCAAUUAGAGCCAAGUAUAAAAGAUGUCUUUGUGCGAAUCACUUUCUACUUCGAAGCGUUUUACUUCUUUGUUAUUACACAGUUCACAGUUAUUAAAUUAACGUUAUUUCUU